AUGGACACAAACAUGGGAGAUGCGGGGACGCACGUGUUGAUCCCAGCCUCAAAUGUCCCAGACCAGGCACAAACAAAAGCAGGAAAACUACCGACGACCGUGGAGAAACCUACUCCGUACAUAUAUGAGCUCGGCUAUCUGACAGCAAUCGACCCAAACCCUCUCCCCGCCACUUCACACCUGCUCUCUCAGUCCCUCGCCGAGCGGAAUGAGGGGCUCCGACACAUCGCCCGCGACGGCGCCCAGUCGCUCCUCAACACCCUACUCACGACCUGCCCGAUUCAGUCGACGCCGGAGGGUCUCUUCAUGACCUUGCCGGUGCCGCAACAUUACCUCCCGCGAUGGAAGCCGCUGCCGAAGCCGAAGCCGCCGACGAAGUGGGAACUGUUCGCCCGCAAGAAAGGCAUCGGCAAAUUCGGGGGCAAUCUGAAAGGCGGGGCCGCGCAGGAGGAGAGGCGGAAAAACCUGAUCUACGACGAAGAGAGCGGCGAGUGGGUCAAGAAAUGGGGGUACCGGGGACGGAACAAGAAGGACGAAUCAGAGUGGUUGGUCGAGUUGGACGACGACGCCGUGAGGAAGGAGAAAGCUGGUGGUGACAGUGGCGAGGGCAGGACCGUCAGAGGGGAAGGGAGGAGGGAGAGAAAGGAGCGGAUCAAGAGGCAAGAAAGGCGGCAGAGGAACAAUGAGCGGAGAGGUAGAAAAGGUGGAAGCAUGGGAUGA